AUGAAGACACCGACAAUCAAACAGGCAAGCCCUAGCGAACCUUCCCGUCACUACAUGAAUCGUACUCUUGUUGAGUGCAGCAACAGCUGGUACAGCAAGAAGGCACUCAUCCAAUUCAACGUUGUCGGAGAGUUGAAUAAUUUCGAUAUCGACAGGCUUAACGACAUUUCUUUGGUAUUUACUACCGUGGAAGCUUGCAAAUCCGGCUACCAUUACUGCAAUGACCCUACCAUUACUGUUGCAUUGCAAACAUUCGACGUCGACAGUAGCGGUUAUGUCACUAACACCAAGGUUAUUGACAGCAUCGUCACUCCCGAUGUAAACAUGACAGGUCACCGAUUCAGAAUCACCUUCCCAGACCGGCGUCCCCUUUCGCUAUGCUUGUCGGCCUUUAACAGCGAUCAGGCCGUAGUAUUUAAAUCCGGUAAGGCAGUACGUAGAAUAGAGCCCGCUGGUUUUGCAUUUUUUCUUACUAAGGAGUGGCAGCUGCAGGUCCCUUACCACGAGAUCCCCAAACAAACUGUUGAGAGUGUAGGAGCCUAUCUCUCCGCGGCAAAUCAAGAAUUAUUGGACACAAAAUACACAUACGUCCUGAAAACACAAUGGGCACAGCUACUAGCAGACGGGAAGAAUACCGAUUUUCUCACAGAUGAGACAGAAAUUGAAACUAAAGAUGCACCAAAACAAACUAAAGUCAGCUCUAAGGUCUGUCUGGGACUUGUUAGAGAUUUUGUAGCUAAAAACGAAAACGCAUACGACCUGCUUGACGUGUGCGACUCCGAUGACAUCGCCCAAAUCAAGGCUAACUACAAGAGAAUUGUUCUUUUGUUACAUCCAGACAAGGCAGGACAUACUAGAGUGCCGGAAGACUUGGAAAAGUACGUCACCAAGUACAGGCUCCGUAACAUGUGCGACGAGGAACGCAAACAGCAAUUCAUUCUACUCCAAGACGCGUUCACCAUCCUGAGCGAUCCACAACUUAGGCACGAAUACGAUUGCAGCCUACCAUUUGACGAAACAAUACCCACCAGGGAAGAAGCGAAGGCGGCUAAAGAUUUCUUUUUAUUAUUCAUGCCAAUCUUCGAACUGAACGCCAGCCACGCGGCACCGCAUCUCUUAGAUGACGCUGAGUCACGUGAAGAGAAACGGUGGAUGGAACGUGAAAACCUUAAGGUACAGCGCAAACUAGUCAAGAAGGAACUACUACGCAUACAAAAACUGGUGGACCUUGCUCAGGCCUUGCGUGAGCGUGAGGAGGAGGAAGCCAGGCAGCGUAACGAAAUCGAACUGUCGCAAAACCGCGAACGAUUCGAAAAGCAAAUCGUGAAGAAGUUACGUCAGCAUAUACGAGCAAUCGGCACGAAGAUUCCUAACGGGGUCGAAAUAUCGCAACACUUCGACCGGCUCUCUGAACUGGAAUAUAGUUUUGUCAAGCAAGCAUGUGAGGAGAUCUACAGCCUUUUGGGGCACGGCACAGUCAUUGAAGGGUCCGAUGAAUCGCUACAAUUUGUUAAACGUAUGGACGCUGUAGUCAAAGCAGCUAACAUUGACAAUGCUGAACCUUUCGAGGAUACAUUACGACGCGUAGCAUCACGCAUCUCACCACCCGUGGUGGCACCAGUCCAAGAGACUCAAACAAAUAAAACCAACAAUGAACAAGAGCAAGCACCUGCCACGUGGAGUGCAGAAGAGCUCUCUCGCUUGUCAAAGGCCGUCGAAAUGCACGUGGCGGGGGUCAGCGACAGGUGGAGUUUGAUUGCAAAGCACGUCAAGACCAAGACUUCCGCGCAAUGCAUACAGAUGGCGCGAGAAAUCGCUGCAGGGAAACGUGCCGACGGCAACAUGCCAGCCGUGAAUGUUACAAAUGGCGCCCACGCUGACAUGUGGACCCCUGAGCAACAGAGCGAAUUCGAGGCAGCAUUAGCUAAGUACCCCUCUUCGCUAGAUCCCGCCACCAGGUGGCGUAUGAUAGCAGCAGAAGUACAAGGAAAAACACCAAAGGAGUGUCUCAGCAGAUUCAAAAUGAUCAAGGCAACAAUCGCAGCCGCUGCUGCAAAAAACCAAAUCAGUGAAAGUGCGAUAAUGGGUUGCUACAUGCCGUAUGACUUCUAUAUCGCCUUGUACUCAAUCUUAAGGGUGCAUUGCGAUAUUGAGUCAAGACGCUCAUGUGGUAUUUUUGCAUACAAUUGGCGCAAGAUGAGAGUUGGAAGUAACACCCGCGUGGUCGUCAAAAACCUACCUUUGUCUCUCGAUGAAGCGGGAGUGCAACGUCUUAUAUCGCAAAAGUGCAAAGAUAUAGGAUUGGAACCAACAGAUUGUAAGUUGCUAACCAAAAGAGCAAGGACGGGCACCAAGGGUAAAUUGGCUACCUCCAAGAACACCGACACCUCCAGAGGACUGUGUUUUGUUGGUUUCGCAGAUGAAAAGGGCGCCAACAAGUUCAAGGAUUACUAUGAUGGCACGUACUUCCGCUCAUGUAAGGUGACAAUCGAGUAUUCGAGACCGCCGCCCAAGGAGGUGACCGACACUGAAGAAGGACAGAAAAAACCCGAACGGGUGGUGGACAAGUCACAGUACGAAUCUGCCGACGGAGAAAUAACCACAACUCUGGUUAGACAGGUCCGAAAGUAUACGAAGGCCGGUGUGGCAGGGGAACGUAGACACACGAUAUUUGAGGAUGAAAGGAGCCCAGGUGAUGUGUUAGAAGAGAACGUGCCAUGUCAAAUUGAUUCCGAUAGCGGUGAAGUAGAAUCCAGUGAUCCUGGAAAUUUGGAUAGGGUUAUCCUGUUCAACCUUCCCUACAACGUUACCGAAGCAGCUAUAAGGGAGCUUUGCAGGCCCUUCGGACCCAUUACCGACAUACAUUUACCCCUGAAUUCUCAGGACGACGAAAAUUCGACUGGUGACAAACUAACAAAGGGUUACUGCUAUGUGACGUGGGUCUUCCCUUCGGAUGCGAUUAAAUUCCGUGACGCAAAAAAUCGGAGCAUAUUCUGUGGCCGCAUUAUACACGUUAACUUGGCAAAGCCAAAGAAAAUCAUUAACACAGAGAAUUCGUUAUCGUAUGACAUAUUAAGCCGCAGAAUAUCGCGCAAAAAUACGGAAAAAUCGUCAUAUAAGCGUGAACUGCAGAAGAAAAAACUGGCUGAAGCGGGAAAUGCAAACAUAUGGAACACGCUCCACAUCGACAUAAACGCAACAAUAACAGCUGUUUCGCGUCAACUAGAAUUGGAGAAAAAGAAAAUUUUGGACGAAAAGGAUGCUGCUGUGAAUGUGGCUCUUACGGAAACGCUUGUAUUGAACGAGCUUACUAAAUGGUUAGAUGAGCAGGGUAUUAAUUACCAACAAUACCAAAUAUCUAAAUCUGGGCCAACCAAUGAAGACGGUGACGAUAAUGGAAACGUUGAUGACAAGGGUGUCUACCAAGUCCAUCGAUCAGAUGAUACCAUCAUCAUCAAAAAUUUGCCGGUCGAUACGGCCGAAACUGAUUUGGUCGAGAUGUUUUCUAACUACGGUCGUCUUAUGCGUCUAGCAGUCUCACCGUAUACAGUGAUGGGUGUUGUACAAUUUAUAGAGUCAAAAGCAGCCAAAGCUGCUUUUAGGAACCUUGCGUACAAACCUUAUGGAGGCUUGCCAAUGUACCUGGAAUGGGCUCCUGUCAAGCUGUUCCACGGUGACGCCCCGUUGAAAGAACUGCCAAGCAAAAAACAAAUGGAACCGCAACUCUUAGACACCAGGGUGAGCGAAACGCCACGGGCUGUUGAGCCAGAGGAAGAAACGGAAGAUGUCGCUCCGACAAAUGUAAGCGUAUACUUGAAAAACCUCAACUUCAAGACGCGCAAUGACACUCUUAAGAAUCAUUUCGGUGGAUGCAAGGGUUAUGUGUCAAGUAAAGUUGUAAUGAAGGACAACGAUACCCUUUCGAAGGGUUUCGGUUUCGUCGAAUUCGAUAGUCUGGCGAACGCCAAAGCGGCUAUAAGGGCCAAAACAGGCCUGCUCAUUGACGGGAAGUUGAUAGAAAUGUCAAUCGCCAAGCGUACUGACAAGCCUGUAGCCGAAAUCGCUGAUAACAAGUUGCUCAAGGCUACAACGAAAAUCAUCGUCAAGAACUUAGCCUUCCAAGCUACGAAACAGGAUCUGUACAAAAUGUUCAGCUUCUAUGGCAAUGUCAACAGCACUGUGCAAGAUGUCAGCGCAGCUGGAAUUGCCACCAGGACGUCACAAGAUGCGUCGGCGGUAGGUCACAUGGGCAUGCCCAACACCCACCCCCCCGUGGCUGCAAACAAGACAUUCUUCGCAUCAGUCUUAGAGUGGAUCUAUGGAGGCGAGCAAGUCACCUUCCAUAAAGUUAACGAGACUCUUCAACUUGUUGUAACGACGUUCAUCAACAUACACCGUAAAAAGGCUGUCCCGACCCCUUACAUCGAAAUCCAGAAGUCAGUGCCAUUAUACGCUGCCGACCAGGAACGCUCCCUCCUGCAUUUCGUGCUUACAGGCGGUUCAUCGAACGAUCCUGUUCAGGUCAACAGCGCCAAGCUUAAGCUGAAACGCGUCCACAAUGGCACUGAUUACGCUCUGGAGUGCCCUAACAGCAGCAUCAAGGUACAACGUGUGCAUCCCCCUGACGGUGAGGGCAAGGAGGAACCUCAAGUUAUAGGAAAGCCAGUCACCGCUGAUGCUUCUGGUGAGCAGGUUACGUGCGAUAUUAGCAGCAUCUUUGCUGAAGCAGCUGGGUCAAUCAAUUACAGGGACUUCUGGCUCAUGCUUGAAAGCGAGCCAUUGUGUUACUUUUCAUUUGAUGCCAGUCCUAGCGCAACAAACGUCACACUUGAGACCGUGAGAACCGUUAAAGAGGAACGCCCUCCUCAGACUCAAUCACUGGUUGGUCCUAUCGCCAUAGUCAGUAUCUUCGUGAUCGGCGGUGCUGCCUAUUUAUUCAGAAAUAAAAGAACCGAUUACACCUACUUCCAAGACCAAGAUGCCACCGUGCUAAUCGAGGACAUAUCCAACCUCCUCAAUGAUGCGGAUUUGUCGGUUCGCGCCGAAGCGCUCGCGUCAUUUGCGUCUUCGGCACACUUGUUCAUGUUUCACGUGUUGCUAUCACGGGCUAUGUAUCCUGAAAGCUCCGUAGCAAGGGAUGCGUUCGCCGAUCUGGCUUGCGCUUUGAGCCUUGUUCAACAUGCAGCCGCCAACAUGGAUGCCAGCGACUGUCGCGGUAAAAAUGGUGUCGCGAGCAUCUCCGAACUUGUUCAUUCAGUUACGCGGUCGCCGGUGGCGAAUGCGCUAAGGGUGAUUAUGAUGGAACUCGCUGUACUGGCUCAACUCGGAGUCUUGCCAUCCAAAUCAGACAAGACGAAGAAUGUAAUGGAUGCCGUUGAUGCGUCCGAGAACCAUGCAUACUCAUCAACUAGUGCACGGGAAGUGACAAAAAAUGGUGAAAUGACUGACAACAUGCGUGCAGUCCGUAGAUAUGAUAUCGAUGAUUGGUGUCCUGUCGUGCGUGCUGACCGUGAGGUCAUGAUGCAGUUGGAGUAUUGGAGCGCUACUGCAACGCGAAUGGUUCGUAGUUGCAUGUUUGCCGCCACCAAAUCGAACACACCCUCCACGCUGGCUCGGAGCCUGCUCGCCGCAGAAGUAGCAACUACACUCGUCUCCCAUUAUCCACAUCAGUACUUCCAUGCGCUCAUUCCACCGCUAGUAGCGACUCAUACGCACCUAUUCAGGACUGUAGGUGCGUACGAAAACUUGAUACACCGAGUUUUUACUAGCCAGAUCGCACAACCGUUCCACACUGAACUUGUGUCGAUACUCAAUGAAGCCGGCUACCGUUGCGACCUCGUGGAAAUGUAUAAACGAGCGCACGUGGCUGCAUCUGGUAACAGGUGUUACGUGUUUGGAGGCGAGGGACAAGUUAGAGAGGACGAUGCCGUCGACUUGGUAGCGAUGAUACAUGAAAACUGGGACCCCGAGACUCGGUUACAACUUGCACUGCAAAAACCAGAAAAUAAAUUGGACGCAGCACAACUUCAGGAGUUCAAGGCGGCACAGAUAUUUGAAUCUGACCGGAUUUCUAUCAAAUAUCUGCAUUUAUCAGGGAAUAUUUUCGGCAAUGCCAACUCCAUGAUGAGACUAGCACCGCCUAAAGAACUAGUGGAAGAACCUGCUCUAGAACUGGAAUGUACACCCAAUAUCAAGUACACAAUGCCAGUAAACACUAUGGCGAUAGUGCCUACGCGAUGCGAGACUAUAUGCGAACGCCAUCAACUUUACACUACCCUGGUUGCAACCCAAAUGAUGGAUACGGCAAUAUCGUAUACAUGGCACUUGAGACGAGCCGUUAUAGCCGGCAACAGGCCUAGCAGGUUUGACGCAUUUAGCCGCGCGCUUUUAAACAAAUUAUUCCUGGGCAUGACUCUAGCCCUGGGUACGCAGCGUAGCAUGCUCUCUGCCCUUGUGGACCACAUGGCCCAAAUGGUCAUGAUAAGUUGUUCUCCAACGGAAACGCAAGGUGGCAGUCAAUCUCGUGCACGUCAUCAACGCAGCGCUAUGUAUUCACCAGCGCUCACGGAUGCCCGCACUGUCGGCGUUGCGGAAUUGUUAGCACAGAUAGCUAGCGAUCACCGGACGGAUCCACUGGAAAAACUGCUUGAAUACCUCGGCGAACUUUUGAUGGCAAAGGCGUCCAUAGAGCUUGCCAGGGAACUCGUGCUGCAAGAUAAAGACCAUAGUCCAUCAUCAUGUGUAAAGACGGAGGAUAUUACAGAGGCUCCAGAAAACACGUCAGAGGUGGAGGUAGUUACAAGUGCACGUCUUAGCUAUGGUGACAUGGUCGAACUGGUUUUAAAUAAGCUCUAUGCCCCUGGACUAUUGAAGGUGGUAGAUGUACGCGAUGCUUAUGUCCUGCAGAUUUGCAAGUUCGUACUCAAUCUAUCGGUGGUACCACUUUCACUCGUCGACCAGAUAAACGCGUGGGUGGCGGACCCGGUCAGCAGAAGACUUGCAUUCUCACUGACCUCAAACAUACUCAAGAGAUCUCAGUUUACAGACCUAAAGCGACGUGUCCUUCUGUUGUUCCUGCGUUUUGUCGUUUCUGACGAUUUAGAGAUUCGGGGCCUUUUCUUAAGGCUCAUCUCUUCACCCAAAGGGCUGUACCACGCGAACGUCGAGGGACGGCGUUACAGCGUGCCAGAGCGUGAAUCAGUUCACGAUGCACUUGUUUCUUGGAUUCGUGCUGGAGGUGGUUGUUCGGAAUGCAAACUGGGACCAUACCUUACCAAGGAUGUUGUAGUACAAUGUGAAACUAUGGUUGGCAGGCCACUUUGGCAGUGGCCUUUAGGUCUGAUCAACGAGAUUUCCAGUGCCCACAAAGCAAUGGCUACGCAGAAUGGUGUUGAAUGUAAAGGCUGUGACUGGCAAGGUUUCCUCGAACAAAUUAAUGCUCCUCCAAAACUACCUGAUGAGGAGGUAGACUGGUCUCUCUUGUCCUCCGUGUGGCUCGAAGAACUUUUCGCUCUUAUGGCUCUUCCGAACUCGGUGAAUGCGCAUCCUUUCAUUACACAAUUAGUGAGCGAGGUGCUGCAGGAUAUCCAAGAUACUGAUACCGUGCAACCUUUACUCGUCGCUGCUGGAAAGAAUCCCGCACUGGUACCUUUUGUCUGUGGGUUUGCUGACAAGCUGAGAGAGGAUGUAGCUAAAGCGGCUCGUCAGAGUUGCUGUGCUCACAUAAGUGAGCUUAAACAGGUGCUCAAGCAUAUUCGUGGUUCGGAUGAAUUCCUUGUUAAUCUUAUGGGUGACGUGCGUAUGAUGUGGCUUGACCCUCGGUACAAGUUGCUUGAAGUGUGGCAGCAGGAACCUUCUCAUCCCAAAGGUCUUGUAGAAGUCUGUGUAAAACAGAUAGGAACCUGCGAGGAAUAUGUAUUGCAGCUGUCUCCAUUCCUGAGUGUCGAACAGUUGGAACUUUUGGUGACACACCUAUUCAACAACAGCACUGAGGAUGCACUGAAGCGCGUUCUGUCGUUGCUGAUGAGCGUGCCUCACACUUUCCGACGUGAGCAGAAAGAAUUGAAUUUGGCUUUGCCUCAGCACUUCAUGUACCAAUGCUACAAUGUCAAACCGUUUAAGGAACUGCUGAAAAAACAAACAGGACUGCUUGACUACUGCGUUGACUGUUGUGUAUCUGGUCAAAUGACCGUUGAAGCGGCUUUAUCUGCGUGUACACUAAUCGUGGAGAGUAGUGAAAAUGUGUCAUUUGUGUUUGGUCGUGUUCUUUGUCAACUUGUCCAGAAAGUGCCUAACACACGUAGUGUGAUAGUACAAGCCAUAUUGCCAACAUUAUUUCAGCGUAAUGCGUGGGUUGACAAAAUGUUGUGGCGUGGAGUUGUAAUCUGCAUGACUACCCUCUGGCCGGGACACAAGGAACAGCUCUGCAGGUUGCUACUUCUGCUUCCACCGGAACAUGGCGAGUCUACCAUAAAGACCCUUCAGACGCAACACAAUGUUAUUGCGUUUUUGGAGUCUACGCUGCCUCAGCUCGACCACACUGUGCAUAUCCCAGCGUACAUCAAGAUGAUGUUAUCGCUAUAG